AUGCAACGGCACCAGUUAUAUGUUGAUGGCCUUUCGGGGUUAUUGUCACCCGCUGGAAUCCGUACGUACCGGCAGGCGGGUCUUGUUGUAGCGCGUGGCCUCCUUCCUGAGAAACUCGUGGAGGCUCUCACCUCAACUUGUAGCAGCAUCGCAUUGACUAGAGGUAAAUGUGUCUUUCCAGGUAUUGACGAGGCUCACAGUGGAAAGGUUGAGUUUGAUGGGCGCACCGUUCCACAACCAACGGCUAAUUUAGGUGCCCAAGAGCCUCCUCCAGAAAUUCAGAAGCAGCUUCGUCAGCAGGACGAGGCGCGGUCGAUCGAGCGGCGGUAUGAAAAGGUGCUGCUCAAAUGUCGGAACCAACGGCAAGUGGAACGGGUAUACGCCCGACUGGCCGCACAACGCGAGCGCUACAUGAAGUUCAAACAAGUAAGGAAUGUUGUUUCACCUGAGGAGGAGCUCUCCGGACGGACGAGCAACCGACGCAUGCGUGAGAUCGGCGAGAGUUACGAGUAUGAGGAUUUGAAGAGCAGUUUCGAAACGUAUCGUGACAGUGGGAAGAUGGAGAUGGAAGUGCGACGUGACUACCACGUUGACCGGGCGAUGGAGCACCUACAGAACUGGUCAAAAUGUUGGUGCCGUGUGUGGCCGGAAUCAAAGGAAUUGCAGGAACUUUUGUUGCGUGGCGAACUCGGUUCCAUUGUCGGGCAGGCCGCUGCUGCGCUGGCUGGCGAAAUUGUGAUCCGUCUAUUUGACGACGCGAUUCACGACUACCAGAGAUUUCUGAAUAGCACGCCAUUUCACUUCACGGGAAACUCUACCAACUUUCGCAACGUGAAUGGCAUGACAGUGUCAGUUGGCCUAACAGCACACGACGACGUUCGCACUUUUGUCAUUCCUGGUUCCCAUCACGUGAUGCGAGAGUUCACCAAUGAUGGUAAUGAUUUUAGCCGUUUUUGUGCUACCGGUGUGUUUGACACAGGCCGUGCAAUUCGAGGUAUCGAACCACUGAGUGAGCUUCCAGUGUUUCAACUACAACCGUUGGAACCAGGUAGCGUACUUUUUAUGAACCACUACACCAUUAGCGGAGCGCAGCCGACAAUGUGCGGCCCCGCAGCGGAUUACGUUCCACCCGCGGCGGCUCCAGUGAACGGUGUUUACCAAUAUUCCCUCAUUCUUAUGCCCGGUCGUUGUUUGUUUGAUGGGCUGAGAAAUUCGUGGGCGUCGCGUGACAGCCACGGUCCAUUGUACAACUAUAAAGCGGGACAGCCGCUAAUUGAUGAUGCCGUGUUUCCCGUACUUCACAGAGCGCUGGAUGUGGAGUAA